AUGCUGGCAGCUAAAAAGAAACUAAAGAAGAAAACAAUUAAAAAAUCAUCCUCUUCUGAAGUAACCGAAGUAGCAAAGCCACUGUUCGAAUUCACACAGCCUCCCAGGCCAGUCCCAGGAGAAAAGUUGUUGGCAGCUCUUCAACAAUGGGGGAAUGGACGUCAAAAAUCUGCCAUGUCAAAUUCGGUUGCAGAUACAGAAAGAAGGUCAUCAUUAAAUAACGCAAAAGAUUUAAGGCUUGUUUUCAAAUGUGUCAAUUCAAGCAGCACUGGAUUUCUUAAUGAAAUUGAAGUGCACAAUGCUCGAGAGUUACUUGGAUUAGUAACUAAUGAUGGAAGAAAGGAGCACAUAAGGAAAUUCAUGGAAUCAAACAGUGGGAGUCUCAGCUUUGAGGCAUUUCAAAAGCUUGUUUCAGACUGGAAUGGUUUGGCCCGGAAUUUCUACAGAGAGCUUAAGCAAGCAUUUUCAGUAAUUGACACUGAUAAUGAUGGAAGAAUAACAGCUGCAGAUUUAAGAGAGGCCUCUAAAUUGGCUGGACUAUAUUUUACAAACAAAGAGCUUGAAGACAUGCUACAAGUGGCAGAUAAAAAUGGAGAUGGAACAGUGGACAUAAGUGAAUUCAUCGAGAUCAUGCUGAAAACCAAUUUGUUUUAGUGUACGAGCAAGUGACCACAGUUCUCAUGACUCAGUUUCCUUUUCCUGUCU